CGAUCUCUCCCCAUCUCCCGAAUCCCAUCCGUUCCCAGAAUUCUGAUCGAUCGACAUCAUAUAUCGAACGUAUACUCGACAGGGGUUUAUUCAAUGGAUUUUUACGAGACCCAGAAGCAGAGGACUGCUGUACACAGACAGUCGUCGUCGUCGAGACACAAGGGCAAGAGGCUGACGGAGGACCAGGUGAGGCUGCUGGAGAAGAGCUUCAGCUCCACCAAGAAGCUCGACCCGGAGAGGAAGCUCCAGCUGGCUGGCGAGCUCGGGGUUCCACCUCGGCAGGUCGCGAUAUGGUACCAGAACAAGAGGGCCAGGUGGAAGACCCAGACCCUAGAGAUCGACUACAACGCCCUCCAGGUGAAGCUCGAGUCUGCCCUCUCUGAGAAGAGGGGACUCGAGAGGGACGUCGAGAGGCUGCAGGCCGAGCUGAGGAAGGCCCGUGACAUGUUGGCUCUUACUGGUCUGAACCAGCAAGUGCAAGAACCCAACAACAACUAUGACAUUAACACCACCAACACUACCAACAACGUCAUCAGUUGUUCUAAUAAUGCCUCGGGGUCUUGUGAGGAGGGCGGUGGGAGUUCUUCAAAUAACAGCUUCAUAAUUAAUGGCGAUCAGCGUCAGCAUCAUCGUCACGUGAGUUGCUGCUGGGAGGAGGAGGAAGAGAAUAACAAGAACCUCCAUCUCGAUGAUCUAUAUGCUUGCGUGAUGUUCGCUAAUGGUCCAACUCGGUCAGAUUACUAAAAACGCCUUAAUUGCCAUUGCGAUGCCGACUGCACUGAGUGACAGAUCACAGAAUGCAUGCAAGAACGGAAAUUGUGCGGCCCUUUAGUCGCAUCUAUCGAUCUACUUGAUAUAUUUGAUAUUGCAGCAGUGACUGAUUUGCGAGUGAAUCAUUAGAGAGUUGUUGAUUUUCAUGUUUUUAGCAGUUGCUAAAAUGGUAAGGAAAUAUGUAAAUUAAUGAAACCACAUAUUACUGUGGUAAUCAUCAUUGAUAUGAGUCGAGAUUAGACCAC